AUGGGCUCCUGGAGCACUCUUUUUCCUGCCACUGAGUUCACACAGCCUCAGACAAACAGCUCCGUUUGUGAGAUCCAAGAUGGCUUCCUUGCAGUGACCCUCCCUGUGUUGUACUCCCUCAUCUUCAUCAUCAGCCUGCUCAGCAACAUGCUGGCCCUCUGGGUGUUCUGGCGCCACACGCAGAGGAAGACCUCCAUCACAGUGUACAUGAGGAACCUGGCUUUGUCGGACCUCCUGCUUUCCCUCUGCCUACCCUUCCGGGUGGCCUAUCAAAACCAGAGUGGCCCUUUGAUCCUCUGCACGGUAAUUGGUGCUUUCUUCUACCUCAACAUGUACGUCAGCAUCAUGUUCCUCAGCCUGAUCAGCCUGGACCGCUACCUGAAGAUCAUUCGGCCACUCCAGCAGUUUAAAAUCCACACCCUGCCUUGCAGCACAGUAGCUGCGAGGGUGGUUUGGCUGACCUAUGCCAUUUUCACGCUGCCUUUCUUUUUCGAGACUAGGGAAAAAAGACCUUGUGCCAACAAGUGCUUCCACUUCAGGAGCAAACGCCCACUGGGGGCAGCCCUCAACAUGAUCGCCGUGGCUACCUUCUUCAUUCACCUGUUGCUCUUCCUCUAUUUUUACGGCAAGAUAUCUGCCAAGCUCCAUGAAGUCUCCUCAGGGAAAGUUCAGCAGCAGAGCAGAAGGACAAGCAGCAGGGCCAUCACAAAGACCUUUGUGGUCCUGGUCAUCUUCACUGUGUGCUUUGUCCCCUAUCACUUUGUCCGCGUGCCAUACAUUCUGGCUCAGCUGGAUGUCAUCUCCAGCACGCAGUGGAAGCAGGCUCUCCACCUCACCAAUGAGCUUGUUCUGUGCAUCUCGGCCCUCAACAGCUGCCUGGACCCUGUGAUUUUCUUUUUCUUGUCCAGCAGCUUCAGGAAAGCAGUAUUAUGCGCCAUCCAAGGCAAGCUGAAGAGAGCUCUUCUGAGGAAUCAGGGGGCUCUAAACCACAGUAAAUCCAUCACAGAACCAGGGCUGGAUUAAAGAAUUUUGAGGCCCUGUGCACUGGGAAGC